AUGAGAUAUGCGCUCCUCUUCUCCCAAUCCCAUCGCGCGUUCCGGUGCGCCGAGCUGGAGGGCGUCUGCCGAGCGUUGAGCCUGGAUUUUGCCGACUUUUCGGGUGUCAGCAGUGAUGCCCCGGUGCAAUUUGUCGACGUUUCGAGUGUGGAACUCGUCGAGGGGAUUUUGUCGCGAUGCGUGCUUCUAAAAGCCGCUUUCGAGUUCUACUGUCAGGCCGGAAAUUAUGAAGAAUUGGAGCCGAAAGUUCAAGCAAUUAGUGCCGAAUUGAAGAAAUAUGAUGUUGAUGAUGAUUCGUGGGCGUUGAGGGUGCGGCCAUUUGGGAAGAAGAAGGGUGUGCAUUGCGUAAAACAAGCUCGAGUCGUCGCCGAGUGGCUUCCGCUAGAAAAAGCGCCAAUCGACCUGAAGACGCCAAAAAACAAGUUUGUCGUGCUCGAGCAGUACGCGUCGGAGAAGGAUGCCGAACCGAAUCAGCUGUUUUUUGGGCGAGAAAUUGGGGAAGGACAGGGCAUUCGAAAGCACCACCUCAACCUGCAAGACCGUUGUUAUAUCGGGAACACGACUAUGGACCCGGAAUUGGCGUUUCUUCAGGCAAAUAUCACCGCCAUCCGCUCAGCUUCUGUAGUUUUGGAUCCGUUCUGUGGAACGGGCGGUCUUUUAUUGCCUGCAGCGGAAUUUGGAGCAUCCGUUAUAGGGAAUGAGAUUAAUUAUAUGGUAGCGCACGCUCGCGGGAAAUCCUCCAGAAUGGGCAAGAAAAUGCUCACCGACGAGUCGGUGCGCGGGAAUUUUGUGCAGUACGACACCGAGGAUCGAUUUUUGUCGCUGAUCAUCGCCGACACGUCGCGGCACGGCAUCUGGGCCGAUCGGCCAAUUUUCGACGCUAUUGUGGCCGAUCCGCCUUAUGGGGUGCGUGAGAAAAGUCGAAAAAUAGGACCGAAAGACCGGAAGGAGCACUGGACGCUACCCGGGACGCCAAAUGAUGAGCACCAAGUGCGAUUUCCGGAGAAGCAGGACUAUCAUCUGGAUUCAGUGUUUUCGGACCUUCUCGACCUCGCCGCCCAAAGCCUUGUCGUGGGCGGGCGUGUCUCUUUCUGGUUCCCAGUGGUGCUCGACAGAUAUUCCGAGGACAUCCUUCCUCAACACCCGGCUUUUCGACUAGUCGCGAAUUGCGAACAAGGGUUGACGACGAGAACAAGCCGCCGUCUCCUGACCUACGAAAAAACGAGAGCACCACUCCCCGACGAAAAAGCGACCACCUCUGCCCCGCAAUUUGACGAGAAAACGUUUCGCGAUGUCGUUUUUAAGGCUCAG